AUGGGUGACUACGAGCCAGAUACAGCUGUGUCUUUUGCAGCGCCAAUCACUGAAGCCAAGGAUACUCUGAAUGGAGCUUCUGAUGGAGAAAGUGGUGUUCUUUAUCGUCAACUCCGCCAGAAGCCCCUCAACAUUGUCAGCGCGAGAGGAAGCUACCUCAUCACAGAUACUGGAUUGGAGAUUCUGGAUGCCACUUGCGGUGCUGCGGUAUCCUGCCUUGGGCACAAUGACAAGCGCGUACAUGAAGCCAUCCAAGAGCAGCUGCAGAAAGUUUCAUAUUGUUACUCCGUCUUCUUCACCAACAGCGCGAUGGAGAAGCUUUGUAAGCUUUUGGUGGAUUCAACUGGAGGCAAAAUGUCUCGAGCAUUUAUUGUGGCCUCGGGCACUGAAGCCGUCGAGGCCUCUUUGAAGAUGGCCGUUCAGUAUUUUAUGGAGCUGCCCACUCCUCAACCACAGCGUGUUAACUUCAUCGCCCGCAAGCAAUCUUACCAUGGAAAUACCCUUGGAUCCCUCUCUGUGGGACACCAUGUCAGCCGCAGAGCACUCUACGAGAAAGUUCUAGCGAAAAAUGUCUCUCACGUCUCCCAAUGCUACCCAUACCGAGAUAUGAAGCCCGACGAGACGGUGGAAAGCUAUGUCAGCAGACUAGCUCAAGAAUUGGAGGAUGAAUUCCAACGACUAGGACCUGAUACAGUCUGUGCUUUUGUCGCGGAGACAAUGAGUGGUGCGACAUUAGGAUGUAUGCCUCCGCUCCCUGGUUAUUUGAAAGCCAUGAAAGAGGUAUGCCAGCGCCAUGGCGCUUUGUUAAUCCUGGACGAGGUCAUGUCAGGCAUGGGACGUACUGGAACUUUACAUGCAUGGGAGCAGGAAGAUGUCGUCCCAGAUCUUCAAACAAUUGCCAAAGGCCUCGGUGGAGGAUAUGCUCCUAUCGCCGGUCUUCUUAUAAAUGAACAUCUCGUCAAUACCUUAACAAAGGGUACGGGAGCAUUCUCUCAUAGCCAAACCUAUCAAGGCCACCCUGUUUCGUGCGCGGCUGCGUAUCGGGUGCAGCAGAUUGUCCAAGAAGAUAACCUUCUUUCCAACGUUCGCGAGAUGGGCGCCUAUCUAUGCCAGUUACUACACGAGAAACUUGAUGACCAUCCUCAUGUUGGUGAUAUCCGUGGACGAGGGCUCUUCUGGGCUAUUGAAUUCGUGAAAGAUAAGGAGACCAAAGAGCCGUACCCGCCCUCGCAGGGAGUGGCUUGGGCUGUUCACGCAACGGGACUUAAGCCCGAGCAUGCGAUCUCGCUAAUUCCUGGAAAUGGUGGAGUGGACGGGAUUAACGGUGACCAUGUCUGCUUGGCUCCUGCUUACAACACGACUCGAGCUGAGAUUGAAUUGAUCGUUGAGCGUGUGGUUGGAGUGGUUCAGGAUGUCCUGGGAGAAUAA